AUCUGAACAAUCCUCCCUAAAAAAAAAAUUUGAACAUCACAUUACAGGCUUACAGCUCUAACAAUAAUUUCUAACGCCAAUUAUGGAUGUGAUGAAUAAUUUGUUCUCACUAUCAACAUUGCCAUUUACAAUCUGCAUUUUGUUGCUUCUCUUUGUUCUCUUUUCGCUACGUAGAAGCAAUAUUACUACGGGUGCAGCUUCAAUGACACCACCACCCGAAGCUGCUGGCGCUUGGCCUUUAAUCGGCCACCUCCACCUCUUAGGUGGUUCCCAACAACCUUAUAUCACCUUGGGAAACUUAGCCGACAAAUACGGAGCCAUCUUCACAGUGCGUUUAGGUGUUCAUCGAACUUUAGUUGUUAGCAGUUGGGAAAUUGCUAGACAGUGUUUCACUGUAAACGACAAAGCCUUUGCUUCUCGUCCCAAAUCUAUAGCCUUUGAAAUCAUGGGUUAUAACUCUUCCAUGUUUGGUAUGAGUCCCUACGGUUCUUAUUGGCGUACAUUGCGUAAGAUCGCCACUGUCCACGUCCUCUCAGCUCAACGAAUAGAUAUGCUUAAACAUGUUAUGGAAUCUGAGGUGAAGAAAGCUAUGAAAGAUAGUUACUCAUUUUGGCUAAGGAUGAAGAAUGAUGGUAACUCUGAAAGAGCUAUUACGGAAAUGAAAAAAUGGUUUGGUGAUAUAGCGAUGAACGUUAUGUGUAGAACGGUAACGGGGAAAGUUUUUGAUGGUGACGAAGAAGAGAAUCAGAGGAUUAGAAAAUCCUUUAGGGACUUUUUCGAUCUCAGCGGUUCAUUUGUUAUAUCUGACAUGUUGCGGUUUUUUAGAUGGUUGGAUUUGGAUGGAAAACAGAAGCAGAUGAAGAAAACGGCUAAAGAGUUAGAUGAUUUUGUUCAAGUUUGGCUCGAUCAACACAAACGCAACAAGAAACCUGCCGGCACCAAACUUGACUUCAUGGAUGUGCUCCUUUCAACCGUUGAUGAUCAAGAUAUAGAUGGUCGUGAUGCUGACACCACAAUCAAAGCAACUUGUCUGGCACUAAUUCUAGCAGGUACAGACACUACCGCAGCGACAUUGACCUGGUCUGUUUCUUUACUUCUUAACAAUCCUGAAGUUUUAAACAAAGCCAUUCAAGAAUUAGAUACACAAAUUGGUAUGGAAAAUAUGGCAAUAGAAUCAGAUUUUGCAAAGUUUGAAUAUCUCAAAGCCAUUAUCAAGGAAACAUUGCGUCUGUACCCAGCCGCACCACUCGAUGUGCCUCAUGAGUCCAUUGAAGAUUGUACCGUUGGUGGAUACCACGUGCCAGCCGGUACGCGUCUCAUAACUAACCUUUCGAAACUUCAACGAGAUCCAAUGUUAUAUUCGGAUCCGCAUGAGUUUCGACCAGAGAGAUUCCUUACAACGAACAAAGAUGUCGAUGUCAAGGGCCAACAUUUUGAGUUGAUUCCAUUUGGUGCGGGUAGAAGAAUAUGUCCUGGAAUCUCAUUUAGUCUUCAGCUGAUGCAAAUAACACUUGCUACUUUAUUGCAUGGGUUUGACAUUGUGACUAAAGAUGGAGGACCAGUUGAUAUGGUUGAACAAAGCGGACUCACCACAAUCAAAGCCUCUCCACUUGAAGUCAUUCUUACUCCACGUUUGUCUACCGAAGCUUUUAGUCAAAAUUAAUGCUCUAGGUUAAGUCACAAAAUUAAUCUUCAACGUUGUGCCAAUUAAAUGCAAGUACAAGCAUAGUUCUUGUUCUCCAAUUUUUGCUAUAUUGCAGAAUUUGAUAGUAACUUUGUGGCUUUGGUGUACCGACCUUGGAAAACUUUGGUGCCUACAAAGUUGCAUUUGAUAUGCAAGUGGCUCAAUUUGUAGUUUGUAGGUAUGGGGUGUGAUUCAGUGAACAAUUUCCUUUUCUUCAUUUACAAGUGUAAUUAAAAAGGAAAAUAAAUGCACGACACAUACUGGACAGUUUAAAGGCUUUAUGAAAAGUUGACACGUACCUAUUCUUGCA